UUAAACGUUACACAAGAUGUUUCAUAAAUGCUUAAUGUUGCAGUUGUGUAAGGUGCAUAUCGCUGAACACAUUUGAUGAAACUCUGAGUUGUGAACAUACAGCUCACUGCAGGGGGAUUACAUUUGUGCAUCUCUAUUCACUGACGCGGUUUUAGUGAUGUUGGGUUCAGGAGUGCUGCUCCUCCUGCUCAUGGUGUGGCAUCGGUCCGAUGGCCAGAACUCUGAGCCUAUGUUCCAGGUAGUAACACAGACCAUGCUGCCACCUGACAGCGUGCACAACCCCACACAGCUCAACUAUGGCAUGGCUGUGACGGACGUGGACGGUGAUGGAGACCUAGAAGUGGUUGUUGCCGGAUACAACGGUCCGAAUCUGGUGCUGAAGUACGACCGCACCCAAAAUAAGCUGGUAAACAUCGCCCUCGACAACAGAGAUUCCCCAUAUUAUGCACUUAGGGACAGGGCAGGAAAUGCUAUUGGAGUGACUGCCUGCGAUGUGGACGGAGAUGGACGUGAAGAGAUCUAUUUCCUCAACACCAACAACGCCUACUCUGGACAGGCUACGUAUUCAGACAAGCUUUUCAAGUUUCGCAACGGUCGCUAUGAAGAUCUGCUCAGCGAUGAACUCAACGUCCGCCGGGGUGUCGCCAAUCAAAUGGCUGGACGUUCAGUUGCUUGUGUCGACAGAAAGGGAACAGGUCGGUACUCCAUUUACGUGGCGAACUACGCCCGAGGAAGGGUCGGUCCACACGCCCUCUUAGAAAUGGACGAGAGUGCCAGUGACGUCUCCAAGGGAGUCAUUGCCCUCUCCGACGUCGCUGCUCAGGCUGGAGUCAACAAAUUCACAGGUGGGCGCGGUGUGGUUGUUGGGCCAAUCCUCAACCACAUGAGGUCUGACGUGUUCUGCGACAAUGAGAACGGUGCCAACUUCCUGUUCAAGAACAAUGGAGAUGGGACUUUUGUGGACAUGGCCCAACAGGCGGGUGUGGAGGACCGGGCCCAGCAUGGCAGGGGAGUAGCUCUGGCUGACUUCAACGGUGACGGAAAGACAGACAUCGUCUACGGCAACUGGAAUGGCCCACACAGACUCUACCUUCAGACUAGCGACUUCAGGUUCCGCGAUGUUGCCAGUAGAGAUUUUGCUUCUCCGUCCCCUAUCCGCACCGUCAUCGCUGCAGACUUCGAUAAUGACAAGGAGCUGGAGGUGUUCUUUAACAACAUUGCCUACAGAGGAGAUGCACCAAACAGACUGUUCAGGGUGUCAAGAAGAGUUAAUGCAGACCCUUCGAUCGAUGAGCUUAACGUGGGAGAUGCUGCCGAGCCGCAGGGGCGAGGAACAGGUGGAACUGUGACGGACCUGGAUGGGGACGGACAGCUGGACCUGCUGCUGGCUCAUGGGGAGAGCGCCCAGCAGCCAAUCUCAGUCUUUAAGGUCAAACAGGGAGCGUCCAACAACUGGCUGCGGGUCAUUCCUCGGACCCAGUUUGGGGCGUUUGCUCGUGGUGCCAAGGUUACAGUCUUCACCGCUCAGAGUGGGUCUCUCACACGCAUCAUCGACGGAGGCUCAGGGUACCUGUGUGAGAUGGAGCCUGUCGCCCACUUUGGAUUAGGAACAGACGAGGCGAAAGUGCUGGAGGUCUCCUGGCCAGACGGCACCACCAUGACUCGGGUUGUUGAGGCUGGAGAAAGGAGCUCUGUGGUGGAAGUAGCCUACCCCACAGACGGAGACGUAUCUGUGCUUGCCAAUGACACGCAGUGUGGGAACAGCUUUACUGUCAGGAAUGGGCGUUGUGAAGCCUUAGCAUCUUUUCACUAUGGCCUCCGUUCUUCAGUGGCCUCCUUUGAAGCGUCCCGUUGUGACACAUUUUCACUCUUGUGUGUCACGGUGCUGUUUGCGCUGGCAGAUCUGAGGUGAGAGUUUGUCUGCAGAGAACUGACAAACAUAGCUUUCGUCAAGCUCAGCACGCCGGGACCAAAGAGCAUCUGAAGAGACUGAAAAGGCUCACAGUCGAUGCCAUCCUGCUGCCCGGGUGUUACCGCUUUGUUUGGGCUGAAAUGACUGCAUGCGGAAACUGUGAUCUGUUCUGUCCUGGAGGUUUUGGUGCUGUGUAACAAGUGAUGGGAGACAUAAAUGCACACAGUGAACUUUGCAUCAACGGUUUGCCACAAGUUGAAAGUAUCAAAGCAUGUAAUGAGGGUAAAUCAAUAUUUAAAGAUGCCCAUCACCAGAUCAAAGGCUCAAUAUAGCUAAUUAAUAAUAAUGCUUUCAGUUCUUUACAUUUGUCACUAAUCUACUCAUUAUGAAAGUGUUUUUUUCACCUGAUUAAUGCGAGAAAAUGUGCCUGCAAAAAUGCAAUGGGGAUUUGGGGGGGGGCCUUUUAUUUUUAUUACCUUUUUAGAACCUUUUAUUUUUCUUCUGAUACGUGUUUGUUUUGUCUCCCUUUUUACUAAGGACGUUUCUUGUGUCUGAAAUAAAGAUUGACUGAA